AUGGACGAUGAGUCGUACAUAAAUUUUGACUACAAAACACUUUUGGGCAGUCAAUACUACACCGUCCCUGAAAGCGAGGAUGUCGAAGAAGCCGUUGUGGUUCACUAUGAGGUACGUAACAAGAUCGUGGGGACGUGGACGUGGAUCGAGAUGAUGGUAUCACGCAGACGCCAAAAUAGCUGGACAACGGUACGUCCGCUCGUAAUCGGAUGGUGCUGCUGUUGCCUGUUCACACUCACCACGGGACAGACGGUGACGGCUCGUGAUGCAACGUCAGCAUCUUCCAGUGAUCCAGUGGGCGAAGUUACGGUGGAUGAGUCGGUGCCGUAUGAUGCCGACGACCGGCCGGAAGAUGGGAGCAGCUUCAUCGAUCAGUACGAACAGGGCGUACAGGCGUACCUAUCGAACGACUGGGAGGACUGUGUGUACUUUCUCGAGCGUGCGUUGGAGGGAUACCGGACGUACUACGAAUCGGUAGCAAACUGUCGGAUGGAGUGCGACUAUGCGGCACGGGACGUGAAGCAUCGCGGAGACUUCCUGCACGCCAGCAACAUUGACAAUCUGCAGCACUACGAGCUGAUCUUGCGGCGUACGCUUUGUCUUUCGAAGUGUGCCCGCAAGUAUGCGAUCUAUCGGUACCUUCCAUUUAGCGAGGACUUCGAUGGGCAUUAUAUGGAUAUCUUUCAGGAGCUAAAGAUUUAUCCGUAUCUGUACGCUUGCUACGUAAAGUCAAAUCGCGUAACACUUGCCGCAUCGGCCGCCUAUACGUACCUGGUGAAACAUCCGGAGGAUACGGUGAUGAAGAGGAAUUUCGAGGAAGCGAUCGAUAUGCCCGGCAUCGAUCGAGACGAAAUUCGUGAUCUAGAGGAAAAGAAAUUCGUCGAUCUGCUGAUCGGUGGGAUCGUGGACGAGCAGGACAGCAACUGGGAGCGAGCGAUCGAGCGGCUUGAAGGUUCCAUCAAGCAGUACAUCUUCGACGAAAACCAGUGCCGCGCUUUCUGCGAGGGUGAAUUUGAUCACGGCUUUCUGCCCGACUUUAUUACCGCCAUCGGAAAUCACUUUACCAAUACGCUGUACUGCAAGCGUAACUGUACCUCAAACAUGGGCAUGGUGCGAGGAAAGUACUACGAUAACCUAUUCCCGCGGCACUAUCAACAUCUGCAGAAGGCGUACUAUCAUGUAAAACAGUACGAGGAAUCUUAUCGAGCCGGCAUGAGCUACCUACUGUUCCAUGGAGAUGAUCUCGAGAUGCCGGAAGCACUGAAAACGAUCGAAACCGAAGCGAAGGGUAGUGUGACGGCCGUCUUCUUCAAGCCGCGUAGGGAAGCGGUAGAGUACAACGAUCGUAUGCAGUACGAGGAAAAGUUGGCACGCUUCGCGAAAGAAGAGUUUGAUCUACUAGAAGACGGUACCGGAACGGACGAUGCGGACUUUGAUCGAAUGGAUGAUGAAGUAACGACCGAGGGCGAAGCGUUUUUCACGAACGCUCAGCAAGAGAACCUGGAGGAUUCUGAAGUAUCGGAAGAGGAAGAGGACACUCAACCACCAGAAGAUGGCAGCAAUGAGCUAUAUCCAAAAGAUUCGACGGUCGGAUAUAACGAUCGGGAUGAGCUGUAA